GUUGGCUGCUCUCUUCGCUGGCCGUCAAUUAGCGCCGUUUGCCAUUUGAACGGAUUCGGUUCUUGGCGGUUCUCUCGCCGCUGAUUCACUUGUUCUCUAGAAAUCGACGGACCCUUGGGCACUUGCCGCCGCCGGGGCAUUAAUCAGUUGCAAGACGAUCGAUUAGCGGAAAACAAGAGCCCGUCCGUCCAACUGCAGCCGUCUGCCAAUUGCCCACAUCCGAUUCUCGUCACUUCGCGCUCUCAUAAAAGUCUCAAAACGUAGAUAUAUACAUUUAUAUAUCGAUGAUUGGUCCAAUGAUUGGCUGGCAAAAGUGAAAUAAAUAUUUUUCGAAUUACCUAAUCGAGUGGCCAUUAACGUGAGUGGUGUGAGUUUUCGAGUGCGUGGUGAAUAUAUUUUAUAUAAUACGCGUUGGCCGAAUCGUUUCUCGCCGAGGCAUACUCAUUGCAUCGCCGACCGUUGGAGGACUCGGAUUCGGAAUCGAUUUUGGGCAUUACGCAAUGGCAGCUGAGGAGACGGCGCUAACCGGCGUCGGCGAGUUGCUUUUCUCGCUGCUAAUUGGCUAUCUGGGCGCCCUGGAGUUCGCCUUUGUGGCCCGCCAUCUCUAUCACUGGACUUUCCGGCAUCCCAGCAUUUCUGCUGCAGAUGCAGCCGCCGACUCUGAUGAACUGCCGCGAAUGCGCGAGAGAUUGGACAAGGAGAUCAAGGAGGCGGCGGAAAGGGAAGCCCUCGCGGGCACCAAUGUCAUGCAGGAUGGUGUCCUUUACAGCAACGGCAUACGCUUGGAUCCUGCUGGAGAAAAACGAGAAGCUCUGGCCGCGGAACUGGCCCGACAACAGCAGAUCGAAGCGGAGACGCGUCGUCAGCUGGCAGAAGCCGAAGCCAAACUGGCUGAGGAACGACAAAGGAUCCAGAAGGAGAGCGAAGAGUCGGAGGAGCAGCAGAGAAAGCUCUUAGAAGCCGAAAGACAACGCGAAAGAGAGCAGGCGGAGAAGGAGCUGCAAGAGCAAAGAGACGCAGAACGCAGGCAGCUAGAGGCAAAAGAAAACGAGCGUAAACAGCGCGAAAUCGAUGAGAAAGAACGCCUGGAGAAUGAAAGAAAGCUGAUAGAAGCGGAACGCGAAAGAGAACGGAAAGAACGCGAAAGAGAGGAGAAGGAACGCGAAGCCGAAGAGAAAGAACGCCAAGAGAACGAAAGAAAACUGAUAGAGGCGGAACGCGAGAGAGAAGAGAAAGAGCGAAUGCUGCAAGCAGCAGAAGAGCAACUCGAGCGGGAAGAAAACGAAAGAAGGAUCUUCGAGGCAGAGCGCCAAAGGGAGCAAGCCGAGCAAGAAAGACUCUUACUCGAAGCCGAAGCCGAUGACGCCGAGCGCCUUCUAUUCGAAGCCGAGAUCCAGCGAGAGCGUGACGAAGCCGAUGAAGAAGAGCAGGCCCAGCGGGAUGCAGAGAUUGUUGCGCGUAUUCUGGCAGCGGAAAGAGAGCUUAGCAUGAGCGCCACCGAGAGCGAACUCGAAGAGGAGGCCGCCAUUGCCGAGCAGUCCCGUCGCCUCAUCUCCAGCAAAACCGACCUGGAGCAGAAGCAGCGGAUGAUCGAGGAGAACGCCAGACGGUUCCUGGAGGCCGAGGAGGAGAUGGUAAUGCUGCAGCAGCGCAAGUUACAAGCCACCCACAGCAAAGAAGAGGCAGAUGAGUACGCCGGCAUGGAACCCGUGGAGGAGGAACCUUGUAUUAAGAAGGUGGCGCCACCCAGGUUCCAAGAGCCAGCCGAUGAGCCCCUGGUGGUGCAGAAAGUGAAGACGCAAUUUGGACAGGGAAGUGGCUCCGAAGAUGCUUACUUGGUCAAGUCCAAGACCCUCACCUUCCCAGGCGUUUCCGAUGAAGGAUCGUCCGUGGAACCCUUUUCCAGCUUGCAGUCUUCGUUCAGUACCCAACCCUCUGAUGAAAUCAACCGCACCGAAGGCGAACGCCCAGAACCUGAGGGGGAAGAUCAAAUACAGGAUGUCCAGUACACCGAGGACUACCUUCGUUCCCUGGAUGGAAUCAAGAAUCGUCCAUUGGUCCGGGAAGAUGGCUCAGGCAGGAGAAGGGCCUUCAAGAAGCGCCGCUCCAGUGGCAGCUCCAACUCCUCGCGUGACUCACGCGCCUCCCGCGACGAGGAGCUGAAGAUGUUUACCUCGCUGGAGGAGGAGGAGCUGCGUCAUGGCGACCGGAGCGACUACAACCCCAUUAAGUAUACGAGUGAACCCACUCUGAGGGUGAAAUCCCAUCGCCGCCACAAAAGAAGUCCAGCAAAGGAUGUGAAACAGCCAGCAGAGACGAGUGGAUCCCUGGAGAUGCUCGGCGAGGAGAGCACAAACCCCUGGGGAGAGGUGGUACCGGAACACUACAAGGACACCGAGUUCUGGAAGCGGGAGAAAGCCCUCUCCAUAGACGAAGAGAGCAUCGAGCUGGAGAGACCCUCUAAAGGAGAAGAUGUGGAGGACGAAGCCACAAAUGAGCCGAAAUCCUCCUCUUUUGAGGAGGCCACUGAGGCACAAAACGAACAGGCAGUGGCUGCCCUAAAGCAGCAACUUUCCAAGGAGCAGGUGGACAAGGAAACAAAGAAGGAUAACAUGCAAGGAGCGGAGACCAGCGACAGCAACAAAGCCAAUUUGCACACCUCUUCUGCAACAGAGGAGCAAUCAAGGGGUGGCUCUCCUGGGCUGCGUCGAAGUCCGCGCAUGGAUGAGAUGGAGCACUACGCGGAGCGCUGGUCCGCCAGUCAGGAACAGCAGCCAGUGCAACAGCAGCCACAGCGAGCAGCACCAUCCAUCAAUGUCCAGCAACCGGAUACGGCACCUUGGCGGGAUCAGUAUGGUCUGCUAAUGGAAGGACUCAGCGACUUCUACGACUUUACGGCCUCCGUUAACCCUUCAAGAUCCCGUUCAGCAUCGCGAAACCCCUCACCAGCUCCCAAGAACGUGGCUAAUCUCAUGGACGUGGACACCGAACGAUCGCUAGAAGUAUUCGACGAUACCGAGGAGGGUGUAGUAGCAGGCGAACUCAAUUGCGAGUCUGUGCUUCAACUCCUGGAAUCGAACUUGAAUGGAAACGAAUCCUCCAAUGAACAGCUUCAAAUACAAACUGUGGCCGAUGAUGCAAGGAAUGGCAAUUCCAUGGUUCCAAUGGUAUACGAACCCCAAGAAGGAGCUUCUCUUGGUGCUGCUUUAGAAGAAAGGGGGAGAGAGCCUUCCGUUGGCAGGAUACCAUCCCGAUCGCGUUCCCGUUCUCCGCUUCCCACCUCGGAGAAUAUGGAGAAAAGCAUCCACAAGCGAAGAGAGCGACUAAUCAAACAGAACGAUGAACUCGCUGAACGACUAUCACACUCUAGUUCGGAGAGUUCCAUGGAAAUCGAAACUAAUGGCAAUGGAAGAUUAAGUCCUCAAUCGGAGGUGACUCUGCCGCAGCCCGUGAUCGAGAUUAAUGAAAUGGUUGAUGAGCCCAUGGAGGAUGCCGAAACUACGCCCGAACAGAUGCGACUCUUUGUGGAGAACUUAAGAGCUGAGAGAAUCGCCAGCUCCAGGUCAAGAUCACGUUCCCGCUCCCGUUCCCCGCUGCCCACGGCAGAUAACAUAGAAAAGAGCUUGGAAAGUCGUCGUCUGAAACGUAUUCAACAUAAUGAUGAAAUCUUUGAGAAACUACACGAACAAAUGCCAUCGCCAGAAAUUAUAAUAGAAUCCGCUUCGCCGCCCAGGACUCCACUUCCCCAACCCACCGUAUCUAUUGAAAUCGUGGCACCACCAGAUGAAACUGUAAUCCAAACCGAAGCAGAACCUGAGGAUACCCCAGAGAGCAUGGCCAGGCUCUUUGAGCAGCUGCGUCUGAACCGUGUGCGUUCCCAUUCUCGAUCCCGUUCGCGAUCUCCACUCCCCACAGCCGCUAAUUUGGAGCAGAGUGUGCAGAAGCGACGCGAGAAGCUGAUAGCUCAGAACGAUCAGUUCUUCGAGGUGCUCCAGGAAAGAGCAAGGACCCCGGAUCCCGAAACCCGCUUGACAGUGGAGUACGUGUACGAGUUUGUUCAGGAGAAAGAUGAACAUGUAGUAGAAGGUCGCGACAUGCGAUCCUUGUCGCCAUCUCGUUCGAGAUCCCAGUCACCACAACCAGUGCCAGAUGAUUUCCAUCUGAUGCUUAAUUUGGAGGGCAGUGAGUUGCGCACUCUGCGCAAAAACAGCGAGGAGUUGGAAAGUGUCCUGGCCGCGAGUGUUAGGCAACGUGAGUUGGACCUAGAGGCGUUGGAGAAACUCCACAAUGCCAAUAAGGAAAUAGAGUUGCGAGUGCUCAGCCCCACCAAUUCAGAACUUGAGAGAGUGGUUGAGAUGACACGGGAGAACCCGGAUCUAGAUCGCACGAUCUCCGAGGUGGCCAGGGAUCUGCAGGAUGAACUCGUGGCCAGCGGCUUCAAACGCUCCACCUAUGUGGGUGAAUCGAUGGAUCUGGGAAGUGAUCAAUUUAAGGAGUUACGUCGCGAGGCAGCUCAGUUUCAAAGGUCCCGUAGCCCAUCUCCAGGAAUGAGCAUGGAUCUCGCCAUAGAGCAGGCGGCAGCCCAAAGGGAACUCCAAGCAGCCAUUCUAGAUUCUCUAACCGAUAAUCGCUUAGGCGCCAAACCCAAGACUUACUCUGAAGAAAGAGCUGGCGAAUGUCAGGACAUAUCUCCUGCCCAACUGGAUGAUUUGCGUCACCGAACAGCCGAGUUCCAGCGAUCACGUAGCCAGAGUCGUUCACCAUUGAGAGAAGAGGAGUUAACCGAGUUGAGGGAUAUUGAAGCGGAGUCUGCGAAGAGGGAGCUGCAGGAUCAGUUACUAGAUAGAUUGGCCGCCUCGAGCAUUAAUUUUGAGAACUUUUCGCGGCACCUGAAUGCCGAUUUCUUGGACAGUGAACGCCGCGCAUCGGAUUCGGCUUUGAUGGGUGACAUGGAGCCGGAUGAAUACCAUCACUUCCGUCGCUACUCACUCGCCCAGGAACAGCCCGUGGAGGAGUACCCCAGCGAUGACUACGUUUACAUCUCACAAAUCGAAGUGCGAACUCUCACAGGUACAAGGACCUGGUUAAAAGAGGAUUUUUAUCCCGCCGAAAAAGAGGAUUAUUCGGAAUCAAAGAGUCCGGUUGUUGAUGAAGAUUCCUGGGCGAGAGCUGUUUUGGCCGCAGAGGCGGAGGCAGCUGAGUUCGAUGCCACCAAUGCCAUUUACAGCUAUGAUAUUGUAGGGGACCACGAGUAUCUCGAUCAGGAAAGGAGCAGCUCCAACGACAGCGAGGACACACGACAGACAGUGGUGGAGAUCGACGAUGAAGACGAGUACGAGUUUGAAUUGGACGAGGGAAUCUCGGACAAUAACGAACGGACGCAACCAACCGAUGAAUCCCAUCAUGACACCUCAGAAUGUGAGGAGGCGGAGAGGAAUGCAGAUCGCUACGAGAAUCGGGGAGCUCAGGAUUGGGAGGAGGUGGAGGACGUGGAGGAUUUCCUUGACUACGGUUUCGAUGAUGGCGCUGUGGGUGGAGCUACACCUUACUCCGAUCCGGACUCCUUCAUCGAGCAGAUCUACAACGAGGCCAUUAAGAACAGAAAGCAGUCGGGCAUUCUUAGGGAAUACGAGACCAUGGUUCAGGAGCAACUGCCCUCGGAUCAUAGCGAAUCGGAUAAGGAAAAGUCCGGCUCGGAGAGUGAGAAAUAUGCCCUGUGGGCCAAGACCAGGGAACUGGAGCGAUCUCAUUCCAGUACCCGUCAUUCGGAUGUCGACAUAGCCUUGGGCUUGAUGCCAGAAAACGAACGCCGUGAAUCUGAGAUGCGUUAUUUGGGCGAUGCACAGGUUGCGGCCCGGCAAUCCACCAGGCUACGUACCCGCUAUGGCUUCAAUCCUAAUCUGGAAGUGGGUGACCUAGAGGACGACAUAGAGGUGGACCUAAAUUACAAGCCCAAGAGGGAGUACAACUGGCGUAAGAACUUUCGACUAGAUGACAACGAAGAAGGGGAAAGUAAUGCUCAAGAAUUAGCAGAUGAGAAUGAAGAUCAAGAAGCCAGGGAUCAGUUUGAGGAGGAAUUCGGGUGGCAGGAUCGAGAACAGGAAGAAGAGCAGAAUCGAGAACAGAAAGAUGAGCAGGAUGAGAAUCUGGACCAGUUAUCUUAUAUGAAUGAAGCAAACGGUGAAGUUGAAAAUGGAGAGCUAUUGGAGAACCGCCGAAUCAGUUUAGGUGGGGAAAGUAUCACCCUAUUCAGUCGCAGUCCUGUUCGCGAAACUCUAUCAGAUGUGCCCGAAGAACUUCCGCAGGAAGAAGAUCUACCAGAAGAACAGCCAAAAGAAGUGGCUCCCUUGGAAGAAUUACCCGUUGAGAAGCCCAAGAAGAAGAAGAGCAAGAAGAAGGCUCGUAAAGGAUCCAAAACCGAAGAGGAACUAAGGGAUGAUAAUGAUUCGGACACACAAAUGGGCUACACUCGACGAAAUGAAGAUCAGGAGGUAGCAGAACCACCCAAGAGAAAGACACGCUCCAGACGAAGCUCCAAAAGCAGCUUGACUAACGAAGAAGCCAAUGGAGGAGCAGGACUCUUCUCACCUCGAAGCAGUCUAGCCUUUGUGGGUGAAUCCCUGGAGGGUAUAGCUGAAUUUGAACCACAGGAGAGAGACGAAGAUCAGUCCACCAAGAAAAAGAUCAAGAAACGCAAGAAGACAAAGGAAGGCAACAAGGAUACUAAAGAAGAAACCAUACCACAGGCUACAGAAGAUUCUCACUUGGAUCAGGCUUUGGCUGCUGCUCUGGCAGAGAUUGCUCCCGUUUCGGUGUCCACUAAUUUGAGUCCAGAAUCCACGCAGCAGAACCUGCUCUCCACCAUCAGUACUGGACAAAGUGUUUGCAUAACCCCAGCAUCUUCGAUCGAAGAGAUUGGAGAGACUCCUCCAUCAUUGUCAACUACAGUGGCUGCAGUUGUGCCAGCGCGAUCCGUUGUGGACACCUUCGACAUUCUGAAAGAUGCCAACUUCUAUCCGCUCUUCUAGCUCGCUUGGUUUGAAUACUAAUCCUGGACCCAACCACUCUAUCACUCAUUUGAUUUACUCUCUAUCUGUUUCUUAUAGACAUGUUCAUAAGCCAAGUCAAGCCAAGCACAGCCCAGCACAAUCCAGUCCAAGCCACAUCCAAAACCGAGCACGCUGUACAUGAAACCAGUCCUAGUUAAAGUUCCAGUGUCCAGAAUCCAGCAUCCAGCAUCCGCUCCUCUGACUGAGGGUAAACACCCGACCAUGGGGUCCCAGAACCCGCACUGUAUAAACUAUGUAUUAUACUAACGACCCAGAAAACUUUGAACCCAAGAAAUACCGAACGAUUGAAGGAUUGUUUACCAUAUAGCUGUUAGUUUACUUAACGAUUUUGUCUUUAUAAAAAUGCCGAGAAUAAAAGCCAACUGAAUAAAUGAAGAAACAAAUACGUUGUA